GAUUGACAUCCCACCCUACUCCAAAGCCAACAAACACCUCCACUCUCUCGAACCCCUUAAAGCUCCCCAACCACCCCUCCUCCUCUUCUCUCCUCUCACCCCUUCCUUCCAAGUCCAAUGAACUCCAUGAAGAAGAAUCCUCCACAACCACUUCCUUAGAUCUUUCUAUCGUCACCUACUACCGGCACUAGCUACCACCAGCACUGCAGGAAGGAGACGAGAAUUAUUAGGAUGAGGGCAGGAGGUUGCACAGUGCAACAAGCUCUAACCUCCGAGGCAGCGAGCAUAGUGAAGCAAGCCAUUAACCUUGCACGUCGGCGAGGGCACGCCCAAGUGACCCCGCUCCAUGUUGCCAACACCAUGCUCUCCUCCUCCACGGGCCUCCUCCGCGCCGCCUGCCUCCAGUCCCAUUCCCACCCCCUCCAGUGCAAGGCACUCGAGCUGUGCUUCAACGUGGCCCUCAACCGCCUCCCCGCCUCCACCGCCUCCACCCCAAUCCUCGGUCCCCCCCAUCACCAUCACCACCACCAUCCAUCCCUCUCCAAUGCCCUUGUCGCCGCCUUCAAGCGUGCCCAGGCUCACCAGCGCCGUGGUUCCAUCGAGAGCCAGCAGCAGCCGCUGCUCGCGGUCAAGAUCGAGCUGGAGCAGCUCAUCAUCUCCAUCCUCGACGACCCCAGCGUGAGUCGAGUCAUGAGGGAGGCUGGCUUCUCCAGUACCCAAGUGAAGAGCAACGUGGAGCAGGCUGUUUCUUUGGAUGUAUGUGCACCCUCUCCUUCUAACUCUAGUCCUAGCAAGCCCAAAGAGGUCACCAGCCCUUUCACCAUCCCUCCCCAAGCGACCAAACCUAGGCCUUUGGAUCAAUUGAGGAGGAGCGAGGAUGUGACGAGCGUUCUGGAGACGUUGGUAAGCAGGAAGAAGAGGAGUCUUGUGAUAGUAGGGGAGUGCUUAGCUUCCACUGAGGGAGUUGUCAGAGGGGUGAUGGAUAGAGUGGACAAAGGAGAAGUGCAUGAGGUUCUAAGAAAUCUACAGUUCAUACCUCUCCCACUCUUCUCUUUCGGGCACAUGUCCAGAGAGGAAGUCGAUCAAAAGGUUGGGGAGCUGAGGUGCCUCGUGAAGAGUUGUGUCGGGAGAGGAGCUGUGCUCUACUUUGGGGAUCUCAAAUGGGCUGCUGAGUAUAGGGCUAGCUGCGGGGAAAAGGGAAGGAACUAUUAUUGUCCCGUGGAGCAUGUGAUCAUGGAGAUUGCGAGUCUGGCCUGUGGUGGCAUCGGAGGAGAGAGUAGUAGUUCUCCGAGGUUUUGGCUCAUGGGAAUUGCAACGUACCAGACUUACAUGAAGUGCAGGAUCGGACAUCCUUCACUGGAGGCUCUCUGGGGUCUUCAGCCUCUUACCAUUCCUGCCGGCAGUUUGGGACUAAGCCUCAGUUGUGACAGUGAUCCACAAAGCCAUUUGAAAAGCAAGAGGAAUAGAGAUGGGUCUUGUUGGUCAUUGUUAGAAGAUGGACUGGGGAGUCAGCUCACUUGCUGCGCCGAUUGUUCCAUCAAGUUUGAAACUGAGGCUCGAAGCCUUCCAAACACUUCUAACAGUAGCCAUGGCUCAAUCAUCUCAAGUUUACCUUCAUGGCUCCAACAAUACAAGACAGAGAACGAAAGGACAGCUAGCAACGACCAGGGCCGGCUUCAACUUACAGAUCUUUGCAAGAAGUGGAACUCAAUAUGCAGUACAUCCCACAGAAAUCAGCAUUAUCCAUCUGAAAUGACUCUAAAUUUCUCUUCAGCUUCUCCUUCUUCUUCAUCCAUCUCUUCGUAUGAUCUCCGCUACCCCAUGUUGCACCAGGGCCACCAGUCUUGGUCAUUGUCACUUGAGGCCAGACAUCCAUGGAGGGAGCACCAGCUCUGGAUAUCAGAAGCUAUUGAUGAAGGCUUUGAGUCCAACUCGAGAAUCUACUCCCAAGAACACGUGGGGCAAAGGACUUCACCCUUGUCCUUGUCUAACCCUAAGUACAAACCUAAUUCAACUUCUUCAACUGGCACCAUGGAGAUGGAGACUCUCCCUAAGUUCAAGGAGCUCACUGCUCAGAAUCUAAAGACCUUGUGCAACGCAUUAGAGAAACAAGUUCCAUGGCAGAAAGAAAUCAUCCCAGACAUUGCAAGCACCAUCCUCCAAUGCAGAUCAAGGAUGAUGAGGAGGAAAGAGAAGUCAAAGUCAGCCUGGCCCAAGGAAGAGACAUGGUUAUUCUUUCAAGGAGGUGACACCGAAGGAAAAGAGAAGAUAACUAAAGAGCUAGCGAGCCUUGUCUUUGGUUCUCCCACCAGCUUCAUUUCUAUUGGACUCAGCACCUUUGCAUCAACUCGGUCCGAUUCCUCUGAUGACCUCCGAAAUAAAAGGUCAAGGGCAGAAGUGAGCCAUGCGUAUCUUGAGAGACUCUUUGAGGCGAUUCGUCAGAACCCGCACCGCGUUAUUCUGAUGGAAGAUAUCGAGCAAGUUGACUAUUACUCCCAAAUGGGAAUUAAGACAGCUAUCGAGAAAGGGAGGAUACAGAGCUACAAUGGUGAGGAAGUUGGUGUUGAUGAUGCUAUCAUCAUCUUAAGUUGCGAGAGCUUCGACUCGAGAUCAAGGGUUUGCUCUCCUCCAGUUAAGCAGAAGGCAGAGAGUGAGGAUGAGAAGGAAGAAUCAUGCGAGGAGAUAGGUGCAUGUCUUUGUUUAGAUUUAAAUCUUUGUGCCGGAGAUGAAGAUGCGGAGGUUUGUUCCUUUGAUGGUGUAGGGUUUCUCCAAUUGGUGGAUGGCACGUUCUUUUUUAAAUUGCCGGAGGACUUGUAGUGCAUGACUUUGCUAAAUUUCUUGCUUCUCUUUUUCCAUGCUGAAUCUUGGCCUUUUUCACUCUUUUCUUUUUGUGAAUUAUGAGAUGAGAGGAAAGAAGACGUCUGGUGGCUUAACUUAGUUGCAAGUAGGAGACACUUGUAUAUUGGUAGUUAUAUUUGUGGAAUUUGUUUAUGGGCUGCUUUCUUA